AUGGCUUGUUUCCCUACGAAUAGGUCUCUGCUCAACCCCAAGUUUGAAGGGUACAAGCUCUCACCGCUCGCGCAAGACGAGCACAUUACACGAUUUCCUUUGACAGCGUACCCGACACAAGCAAAUGUUUCUGGAAGGUCGCGGACACCGCUGUCGUUCGAGGAAGUUCAAUCACGUAUAACGCAUAAUCAUCUAACGAUUUCGCGGGAUUCGAGUGAGUCGGUCUAUGUGGAUGAUGAUCUGAAUGUCAUUCGUAUUGUUUUGAAUCCGGAUUUGACGCCAACAUUCUCUACUCUCAGCGAACUACCCAAACCUAUACAAAGUGAUGACUUGGUCGAGAAUCAACAUAGGGAGUAUCCGUCUGCUGUUUCGUUGGGAGAUACGUUAUUGGUCUCUGAUGGAACUGGGUUAUUGUACGUCCUCUCCGAGACUAGAGAGGACAAUCGGAUCGUAGCGCUUUACCAUCUACCUGAUGACAAAGCUUCUUCUACCUCUGCGUAUACGCCCUUCAGACUUCACGCAGCACAAACCAAGGAUCCCGGCGUUGCGGUUUGCGUACUCUCGUGUCGGCAUGUUCCCACCGAAUCGCUCAGUAGUUCGGAGUCUCAAACUCAGAAGAAGAGUCGAACGACGAAAGCUGAACCCUCUCACUUUGAUGUUCUUCUCGCAGAGGUCUCAGUAGAUACGCCAUCUGACGACGCUCAGCCUCUCAAGAUAAUCUGGAAAGGAAGAGGGGAUGACGUCCCGAGCCACGUAGGCUAUGAUACUUCACGCGGAGCGUUCUUCAUACUCGGGAAAUCGUGGUACAGAGUGGGCAUAGUAACUCCACCAACUUAUGAGCCAACUCCCGAAGAACUAGCACCUAUACCUCGAGCUGGGGAAGUCUUAGCACCAGACGGACCAAUAAAGCCUCCACCAUAUUCAUGGACUCAAACACAAGACUCAGUAACAGUAGCCUUCGCUCUCCCCUCUAACGUCCCUAAAUCCGCGAUACACGUCACGCUAACCGCAAAGACACUUUCAUUACUAGUCAAGCACGAACUACCAAUGUCCGCUUCGCUCCCGCGUUAUUCACUCAAGCAAUUGUGGGAUGGGAUCAACCCAUCUUCGAGCUUUUGGACGUGGGACCGAGAAGCGGAGAGGGAGUUUGGGUUGCUCACGCUGCAUUUGGAUAAACAGCACGAAGGGACUCGGUGGGCUCAAGUAUUCGCGAGCGCAGGGAUGAACGCAUCGAGUGAACGUACGGAUACAACAGACGAAGAAGUACCCGAGACGCUCGACCCAUCCGAACUAUACCUCAUCCGUGAAGCACUGGAGAAAUACACCAGCUCCCUACAGCUCGGAGGUGGAGACGCGAGUGGACUGGGACUUGGUGAAGGCGUACCGAGCCUUGCGGAGGGUGAACUGGACGAUAGUGUGGAUAGUUCCGUUGGGCGACGAGUGGCUGUUACGUGGGUAACUCCUGAUGGUCUCGUACCAGAAUGGGCAUCGAGCGUAAGAGAGGAAAACGCAAGUGCUUCGGUACUUUCUGUCCCUGUACCAGGGUUACGAGAAUCCGAACCCUCGCUAGUAAUCAAAAGCGACAUCGACGGUUUACUCUUCACCUUACCACCCUCUACAAACAAAGAAGAAACAUGGAAAUGGAAGCAUACAUCAACCUACCCAGCCCUCUCCUUCGUCCUAGCAUCCAAACGCGAUACUCGCUUCACAUUCCACAUCUCCUCACUCGCUGUCCUCGCUUUCGAGUCUGGUACGAGCACAGGCGGUGGGAACGUCUACAUUUACCGGGGCUCUCCCGGUGAGACUCAGAAAUCCACGUGGGCGAAACAAGCUGUGUUGAAAGUGAGUGGAGGGACGUCGGGUGCGUUGCUCGGCGUUGGAGCUUUACGACUGCAACAAGAGACAUCAACUACAAAGGAUGGAUUUGUAUUACUUUGUCUAUGUGAGAGGGAGUUAAUAGUCGUGAAAGACAUACUAUAAUCCAGGUUGAGAAGAGAUUAAAAUUAAUAUACAAAAUAUAUACAU